GGGGCGUGAGGGGGAGGAGGUCGCUCCUGCUUCAAGAUGGCGGCGCAGAGGAGGAGUCUGCUGCAGAGUGAACAGCAGCCAAGUUGGACAGAUGACUUACCAUCCUGCCAUCUCUCGGGGGUGGGCUCGGCUCCAAACCGUUCCUACAGCGCAGAUGGCAAAGGGACAGAGGGUCACCCCUUGGAAGAUAACUGGUUAAAGUUCAGGAGUGAGAACAACUGCUACCUCUAUGGUGUCUUCAACGGCUACGAUGGCAACCGAGUCACCAACUUUGUGGGUCAGAGGCUCUCUGCGGAACUGCUGCUGGGCCAGCUGCACGCAGAUCACAGCGAUGCUGACGUGCGCCGAGUUCUGCUGCAGGCUUUUGAUGUAGUGGAAAGAAGUUUCCUGGAGUCCAUUGAUGAUGCCUUGGCAGAGAAGGCCAGCCUGCAGUCUCAGCUACCAGAGGGCGUCCCUCACCACCAACUGCCUCCUCAGUACCAGAAGAUUGUGGAAAGACUGAAGGUUGUAGAGCAGGAGAUCUCCGGAGGAGCCAUGGCUAUUGUGGCUGUUGUUCUCAACAACAAGCUCUAUAUUGCCAAUGUGGGUACCAAUCGGGCUCUGCUGUGCAAGUCCACGGUGGAUGGGCUGCAGGUGACUCAGCUCAACGUGGACCAUACGACAGAGAAUGAGGAUGAACUCUUCCGCUUCUCCCAGCUGGGCUUGGAUGCAGGGAAAAUAAAACAAGUGGGAACUAUCCGCGGGCAGGAGAGCACUCGGCGCAUUGGAGAUUACAAAGUCAAAUACGGCUAUACCGAUAUCGAACUGCUCAGUGCUGCUAAAUCUAAGCCCAUCAUAGCAGAGCCUGAAAUCCACGGAGGGCACUCGCUGGAUGGAGUCACUGGCUUCUUGGUGCUGAUGUCUGAAGGGCUCUACAAGGCGCUGGAGGCAGCUCACGGGCCUGGGCAGGCCAACCAGGAGAUUGCAGCCAUGAUAGCCACAGAGUUUGCCAAGCAGACGUCGCUGGAUGCUGUGGCACAAGCGGUUGUGGACCGGGUGAAGCGGAUCCACUGCGACACCUUUGCCAGCGGUGGGGAACGGUCCAAGUUCUGCCCCCGGCAUGAAGACAUGACGCUGCUUGUGAGGAAUUUUGGGUACCCCCUGGGGGAGAUGAGCCAGCCCACGCUGACACCAACACAAGGCGGCCGUGUCUACCCAGUCUCUGUGCCGUACUCCAGCUCCCAAAGCACGAGCAAGACGAGUGUCACACUGUCCCUUGUCAUGCCCUCCCAAGGACAGAUGGUCAAUGGUGCCCACAGCAGCUCAACUCUGGAUGAAGCAACCCCCACCCUCACUAACCAAAGCCCAACUGUGACGCUUCAGUCGACAAAUACCCACACGCAGAGCAGCAGCUCGAGUUCUGACGGGGGCCUCUUCCGCUCCCGCCCCAGCCACUCUCUGCAGCCGGACGAGGACGGGCGCGUGGAGCCCUACGUGGAUUUUGCAGAGUUCUACCGCCUCUGGAACAUGGACCAUGGCGAGCAGGGAGCACUGACUGUGUCUUAACGUGGGAAACCGCCUUCUCCAGACAUGCUGCGUGAGCAAAGACUUGAGGCAAGAGCGGGAGCCUUCCAGCGAGGGCUGUGCUCCCGUCCAGGAUGUGCCCAAUGCCGGGCCAGGGAGCACGUGCAGCUCGGGCUGUGUGUCGGGCACCUGCUCCUGACCAACCCCCUGCCCUGGGUGGGAAGCCCUGUGAAUAGGGGAGAAAGGGGUCUGGAAUGCAACCCUCGCUGCAGGUUUUUUUUCUGCAAGUAAAGAUGCAGAGAGGGCUCCCUCUGGGCAAUGCAAGAGUUAGGGGCCUGUACCACGGCUGUGUGUGUGUGUGUGCGCGCGUGUGUAGGUGUCUGCCUGUGUGUGUGUGCGCGCAUGUGUGCUGUCAACGUUUCCACAACUCCAUAAUGCUGUGAUUCCAGUGUUCAAUUCCAUAGAAGAUACCUCUAUUUUGCAGAAUAAAUAACUUAUAGCUACACUC